AUGAACUGGGCCUUGGUUAGUUUCCUGAGCGUGUUUGUAAAGCUUGCCCUUUCUUGUGACGAGUUUGACGUUAGGCCGGUUACCUAUUCUUCAAGUGAAGCAGUUCUUUCCACUGAAACCAUAAUUUUGAUCGAAGGUGAAGCCAAGUGUAAAGGAAAGGGAUCAUCAAGUCUGUACGCUGAGUUAAAUGGAGCUCUUCAACCAGUUGCUCGUCAUAUUGAAACUGACCAUUUUCAAGUAUCGUUCGUCUUCAAUCACAAAGAUGUGCCUAAAGGAGAAUAUGUUGUCCGGUUUUAUAAUGAAAAAGGUGUAACGGCCUACCUGAGAUCUUUGAAAGGUGGUUUUGUAUCUGACGUACCUCCUGUCUUCACAGUCACCGUUCGACAUAAAGGAAUCUCAUUCAAGCCUGUUGUUUAUUCCGAAACAGUGGCACUAUUAACCAUUAUGUUAAUAGCAUUUGGAGCUAUAAUUACGAAAAACAAGUUCUAG